AUGACUUCGAGACUUUGCUGUGCCUGUGCCUGGAUUUUUAUCCUUCUCCUUCCUGGCCUCUCAGAUGGGGGGAAACUCCUGGUGGUGCCCGUGAUGGGAAGCCACUGGCUUAGCAUGCAAGAAGUGGUUGAAAAGCUCGCCGAGAGAGGACACGAAGUGGUGGUGCUUGUACCAGAAAUAGCCUGGCAGAUGAGAACAAGACGGCCAAUAUAUACACUGAAAACAUACCCAGUGACCUACACAUUAGAAGAGCUGGAUAACGCAUUUCAAGACUUCGUUGCUGCUCACCUGAAGAACUUGCCUUUCCCACUGAAGGCUCUAGCAAGAUACAACAGCUCCGUGAACGUUUUCAAUAAGUUCUAUCUUCAGUGCAAGGACCUGUUCAAUCACAAGGAGACCCUGCAGUACCUGAAUCAAAGCCGCUUUGAUGCCAUCCUCACAGACGCUCUUUUUAUGUGCGGAGCAACAGUUGCGAAUUAUUUUUCCCUUCCAUUUGUGUUCUUUAUGAGAGGGUUUCCUUGCAGCUUACACUACCAAGCACCACAGUGCCCAAACCCUCUGUCCUACAUCCCAAGAGUAUUCUCCUUCAACUCAGACCGCAUGACAUUUUUCCAGAGAGUGGAAAAUGCACUGAUUUCGCUCUUGGAGCUUGAGUACUGUAAUGGUUUGUAUGCAGAUCCAAUAAAGUUUUCCUCCAAAGUUCUUCAGAGAGAUGUAACCCUGAUAGACCUUCUGAACUCUGCUUCUGUUUGGCUUCUGAGAUUCGACUUUGUGUUUGAGUAUGCCAGACCAGUGAUGCCCAAUAUGGUCUUUAUUGGAGGUAUAAACUGUGCUCAGAAGAAACCACUGCCUAAG